AUGGCCCUGGCCCCGGAGCUGUACGAGACCCCAGCGUCCAGUCUGGACACCUUCGUGGCACACUGGGUGCAGCCAACCCAGGAGUGGAAGGAGAGGGUACUGGAGGUCGGAGGCGCGGUGGAGAAGUUCCUUCGGGAGGAGCACUUCCAGCGGGAGCACGGGUUGGACCAGGAGGUGCGGAUGCUGAAGGUGGUCAAGGUGGGCUCCCUGGGGAACGGCACGGGGCCCCGCGGCUGCACCGAGGUGGAGCUGGUGGUGUUCCCGAGCUGUUUCCACAGCUUCCGGGAGGGAGCCAGUCUCCACCACGCCGUCCUGCAGCUGAUUCGGAGAAGGGCCUGGCGCUCGCGAGACCUGCUGGCCUUGGGGCUGGAGAACGCCAGCGUGGUCCAGGGAGUCCCCGACACUCUCAUCUUCACCUUCUGGUCCUGGAGGAUGCAGGAAGCCAUCACUGUCAGCAUCGUGCCAGCCUACAAGGCCCUGGGACCUUCGGUCGCCAACGCUCAGCCUCUACCUCCUGCCAUCUAUGACGAUCUGAUUAAGGCCAAGGGCAACCCUGGGCAUUUCUCUCCAUCCUUCUGCGAGCUGCAGAGAAACUUCGUGAAGCAUCGGCCCACCAAGCUGAAGAGCCUCGUGCGGCUGGUGAAACACUGGUACCUGCAGGCCCAUCAUCCUGGACCCCGCGGACCCCACCCACAAUGUGGCUGA